AGUUCAUUGCGGUGUUCUUCUCGUGCUGGUCACGCGUCCACUGUUGACGCAGUGGUGUAUUCGUUUGGCGGUGUGUGCUAAAGUAUCAAGAUUCAUUUCCCGCUGAUGUCAUACGGCAGCGACACGGCUCACGUGUGGUCCAGCUCGGGAGGCAGUGAGGUGUCACCAUACGGGCCCCUGUGGGACGCGCCGCCGGCUCCGGUGCCUUACCCCGAUAUCCUGGCUUUUCCACCGGCCGACCUCGUUUGGUCGGCGGCUGGCUGUGGGCGCAGCGUCGCCCGCGCCACGCCGAGCAACAAGAAGCCGCGGCGGCGCGUGGCCUCCGUCGCGCAACGCCGCGCCGCCAACAUACGGGAGCGACGCAGAAUGUUCAACUUGAACGAGGCCUUCGACAAACUGCGUAGGAAGGUACCGACGUUUGCAUACGAAAAACGUCUCUCUCGCAUCGAGACCUUAAGGUUGGCGAUUACGUACAUAAGCUUCAUGUGUGAGCUCUUGCACGGGUCGCCGCAACCUCACCACGGCCAUUCUGCUAUACAUCCGCCAAGACUUUUCGACUCCGAGGUGACCUGGUGCGGCUGAAGACAACGUCUCCUUGAUGGGAAUCUUAAUUUUCUUCGUAAUAGUUAUUUUAAUAGCGAAACUUAAUUUUAUAAGUGUUUGAUUUUUAUAAUAGAUUUAUUUGAUGUUUAUUUUAAUUUUUGGCUAACAGUGAAGUUGCAAGAAUAACAUUGGUCAGUAGUUAUAUCUAUCUCCCUUUGAUAUGAAUGGAUAAUUUUAAAGUUCAAUUAUCUAGUUCCUUAUGUAUAGUCAUUUUAAUAUAACCAUUGUACUGGAUGAGGUUCUAAGAUUGAUUGUUGAUUGGUUGAUUGGUUUGUGUUUUGCUGUAACAAUUUCGGAAGGCAAGUUCGGAAGGACAUCCCUAAAGCUGUUUGUGACAAGAUUCAAACUCCAAAUUUAGUUUUAAUUUGUAAUGAUAUCCUAGUCUUCCACUAGUCAUUUAGGUGUAAUUUUUUUUAGAUUAAUAAUGUAUAUGCGUGUUUCGUAUUUCAUUUUUGUUUCGUUUAAUAUUAAAAUACAAUAUUAACCGU